UAACACCCCUUCUUGCAUGCGUUCACAGAUUUUGCUAUCGUCUCUAGUUCCAGAGACAACUGUUCAGGAACCUUCAAGCAGUUCUGUUGUAAAUAAUUUUGAUGAAGAUGAUACAAGCUUACACAAGGAUGAUAAAGUUUUAGACUCCAUCCUAGGAUCAUUUCACCAGGGCGAUAGGCGUUUUAAAUAUGGGGGAGUUCAGUGUGCAGCUAUUACUGUUGUUGCUUUAACAAAGCACAAACAGAAGAGUGUUUUUUCUUGGGACUUUGCUGUGUUGGAUAACGUUGUUGAGUUAGGAAAUGAGCUGUACACAGAUUUGCGCGACAACAAAAAGAUUAGAGGUGGACAUGAGUUUCUCUCUGUUCCAGACUUGCCAAAGGAAAUUGACAUAGAAGAACAGCGUUUUAAGCUUGUUUACGGGGAUUUUGUUUCAGGAGAUGUAGAUGUAGUUGAAGGCGAGUUAAUAGAUGCUGGUGUGUACACUCCUCUCCUGGAUGGAUUGCAGAAGAUGUGCACACAGCAUGAAACUUGCAUUAUGACAUUAAGUGGCAAUACUUGUGCUAUCAUUUGUGAUAAUGGACGUUAUGCUGUAAUAGAUUCCCAUGCACGCUCCGCAGACGGCAUGGUAGACCCGACAGGACAGAGUGUAGUUGUGUACUUUGCAAACCUUGAUAAUGUUUUUCAACAUUUUCAGAGGUUUGCUAGUAAACUAGUGGGAUCUCAGAAGUCAUUUGAGAUCACUGGAGUGGAUAUUGUUCAGAUGGACACAUUUAAAAAUGUAUCUGAACAAACAAGCGCAGUUCCCACGAAGGCCAAAGGGGAGAAGCGCAAAAGGUCAUCCACAUCCACAGCAUGCAAAAGGACGAAGAUUGAUGAUGUUAAGGAUAUGGACUCUGUUGUUUUUGUUAGUGAUGUUACGACAAAGGUUUUGCAUUUUGAUCCCAUCUCUAGUGAUGUGUCAGAGGUUCUGUGUAAACGGUUGAAUGUGGAGUAUGAAAAGUGUGAUGAUGCUUGUUAUGGUGUUGGUGAGUUGGGUGUACCUUGUGUGAAUGAGGAAAUAGUGGGUGACGGAAACUGUUUUUUCAGGGCAGUAAGUCGAGCUGUUACUGGCACCCAGAAACAUAGAAAAAUUCGGCUCGCUGUGGUAAACCAGUUAAAAAGGAAUCCUCAAACAUAUCAAAGUAUUUUAAGAAGUGAGUAUUCCUCGGUUCCACACUAUCUUAACUCAUCUAGGAUGCAAUAUGUAGGAAACUGGGCAACUGAGGUAGAAAUUCAAGCUGCCGCUGAUUAUUUUGGCAUUAACAUUUUCACUUACUGUAAUGAUAAAUGGCUUGAAUACAGCUCCAACAGCAGCAUAUCUAAUGAAGGUGUUUAUUUACAAAAUUGUAAUGGUAACCAUUAUGAGACAGUCAUUUGUGUUAAACAGCCUAACAUGGAAACAUGUUAUGGGUAUUGCAAGACUGUAGAUUCUGGAAAAUGUAACACUCGACAAGCUGCUACUGAACCUUUAAAGCAUCGUUUAGAGACCAUAAAACCUGUGUCUUGUUCUAAAGAAGCACAUGAUGCCCAUGUGUUUGAUCAUGCCAAUGCUUUUACGCCUCUGUCUGCAGAUGUUUGUAAAACUCUUUGUAACACGCUGAAAAUAGAUUAUGACAAACACACUUCCCAAGACUCUACACCAUGUGGGACUUUAGGAAAUGUGUGUAAGACCGAGGAUAUUGUAGAAGAUGGUAAUAGUUUUUUCAGAGCUGUAGCUCAUUCAAUUAGUGGGUCACAGAAAGGCCAUCGUAAGGUCCGACUUUCUGUUGUUUCAUACAUGUUAAAAAAUACUGAACAGUGUGAACAGUUCCUGGGAAAACAACAUGCUUCUGUGUCACAAUAUAUAGAACACUCACAGAUGAAGUAUGUAGGUCACUGUGCUACAGAAGUAGAAUUUAGGGCUGCAGCUAAUAUGUUAGGCGUGCACAUAUUUAUUAAUAAUGGCACUGAGUGGAUCAAAUAUAGUCCUAAUUCCAGUAAUUUCAUCAUUGAGGGACUAUAUUUGUCAAACUGUAAUAAUAUUUUUAAACCUAUUAUUUGCACUAAGCAGGGUGACAAAGAAACAUGUUUUGGUUUUUGUAAAGUUGACUCUUUGUCAGACACUGUAAACAGGUGCAGAAGAUCAACAAAAAAGCAGUUAAAUGCUGACCCAAACAUUAAAAGUAUCAAAAUGAAUACAGUUUUAUCUAAAUAUAAAAAACAAAAAAAGGCUUUUACAAAAGCCUUUCGAUAUAGAAAUGACAAUUCUUUUAAUGAAAAAGUUAAAACUCAGUACCAAAAAUUAUAUAAGGCAAGUUUUGUAUACAGGAUGACAAAAAUCAACUCCAGCAAAUUUAAAUAUAAAUUUGUUGCUACACAUAAACAGAAAGUUAAACAGAUGAGUUUAUGUAACUAUCGUCAUAAAUUAUCUCACAGAGAAAAUGUUAAACAGAGGACAAUUUAUGAAUACCACCAUAAUUUGAGUAUUCAUGAAUACCACAAUAAUUUAUCUCAUCAAGAAAGAGUUAAACGGAGGAGUAUUCAUGAAUACCACCAUAAUUUAUCUCAUCAAGAAAGAGUUAAACAGAGGAGUAUUCAUGAAUACCACCAUAAUUUAUCUCAUCAACAAAAAGUAAGAGAGUUGAGUAGAAGGCAGUAUCUUAAAGUUGAACAUAAAACACGAUUAAUAGAAUGUAUAAAGCAGAAACGAGAGCUCAUUAAAUUAAAGUCACAACACUUUGAUUUUGUCACUGAGCAAUUUUUGGAGAAGGUAAAAGAUGGACCUGAUUUUGUGUGUUGUGUGUGCUCUCGAUUGUUAUUUAAACAUCAGGUCUUAAAUUGUCGCAAAGAUUAUUAUAAAAAAAACAAAGAAAUGUCACUUAUAGCAGAUAAAUGUAUAAGUGAAGAUUAUGUGCAUAGAUGCACCAGUGCCUGCAAGUCACCAUGUGAGUUUUUCAAUACAUCUAGAAAUUCAUUGUAUAUCUGUUACACCUGCCAUUAUAAAAUUAACAAAUGUCAAAUACCUCCGCAGAGUUCAAUCAACAAACUGACUGUUGAUCCCAUCCCACCUCAGUUGGCACGAUUAAAUACAUUAGAGCAACAUUUGAUAGCUUUAAAUAUACCAUUUAUGAAAAUGUUGGCUCUGCCUAAAGGUGGUCAGAAUGGAAUUCAUGGUCCUGUAACUUGUGUACCAGCAAAUAUAGUUGAAACGUGCAGUUUGUUACCACGCACCAACAUGGAGGGGUCUUUAUUACCUGUAAAGUUAAAACGUAAAUUAACAUAUAAAGGGCAUUAUGAUUAUCAGUAUGUUGACGCAGUGCAUGUCCAGGAAGCUCUUCAGUAUUUAAAACAUCAUAAUUUACAUUACAAAGAUGUACAGUUCAAUGAAGCGUGGAUUAAUGAAUUUUCUCGUGUGGAUGACCAUUCUGUAUCGGAAAAGGACAGUGUUGCUGAUAAAGAUGAGGGUGCGUGCAUAGAAGAGGAUGAAGAUGAACUGCUGCAUGAUCGACAGCAACACUGUAUGUUUCAGGACACCUGUCUCAUGCCAGUGGAUAUAGGACAAGAAGCAUUAGAUCAGUAUGUUGACAACGUGUUAAAUGUAGCUCCUGGUGAAGGUAAUAAUCCAGUGAAAUUACUUUCUGAUGUUACAAAUGAGGCUAAAUGUUUCCCUGUAUUAUUUCCUUCAGGAUCAAAAACUUACCACGAAAGCCGGCAAUAUAAUUUGACAUUGAAUCGUUAUUUUAACACUAGACUUCUUCACGCUGAUGGGCGAUUUGCUCAUAAUGUAGAAUAUUUUUUUUUUGCGCAGUACAUGUCUGAACUGGAGCAGGUUGUGUCUAAAGUUUCUAUAGCUCUGCUUAAAGGUAAAAGUGGUGAAUCCCAUGACUUGCGUAAUUUGGUAAAGGAUCAGGAUUCCUUAAAUAAGCUGUUGGAGUUUGAUGAUGGGUAUCGUUUCCUCAAACCUAUUCGGGGCACACCUGCAUUUUGGCAGACUGCACAACGCGACCUGCUGGCAUGUGUUAGAAUGCUGGGCAAACCUACAUGGUUUGCAUCGUUUUCGUCAGCAGAUAUGAGAUGGACUAAUCUCCUGUAUAGUAUUUUGAGACAGGAAGGCAGAACACAGACAGUGGAACAGCUGGAGUGGGCUGAUAAAUGUGAACUGCUGCGUAGAAAUCCUGUCACUGCUGCCCGAAUGUUUGAUUUUCGAUGGCACGUCUUCCUAAGAGAAGUUCUUAUGUCUCCUGCCAAUCCCAUCGGUAAGAUCGUAGAUUACUAUUAUCGUGUUGAGUUCCAGCAGCGUGGUUCUCCACAUUGUCAUUGUCUGUUUUGGGUUUCUGGUGCUCCAGUUUUAGACAAGAACACAGAUGAGGAGGUCACUGCAUUCAUUGACAAAUAUGUGACAUGUGAACUCCCUCCUGAAGAAGAUUCACUGUCUGAAGUAGUCUCAUCUGUGCAGCAGCAUUCAAAACGACAUUCAAAGACUUGUAAAAAGAAAAAUACUGUUUGUCGUUUUAAUUUUCCACGACCUGCAUCUACUAGAACUUUUAUUAGCCGUGGUGAAAAGUAUCAAGAUGCAGCGAAGACUUGUAAAUGCGAUAAAACCGAUUCUACUGUGCAGUGUCCCUGCUUGUCUCAAGAUAAAGCAUGUAAACAAGAAAUGGACAAAGAUGUAGCUAGUGCCAUUUUAACUAAAGUAAAGACUGCUAUUUCUAGUGACGACUGUCCAUAUACCAGUGUGGAAGAUCUGUUUAGAGGCCUGGGUAUUAGCCAGGAAUUAUUUGAAACGGCAUAUAAACGAUUUUGUAGAAAUACACAUGUUGUUUUGAAGAGGCAAGUUAAUGAGGUUUGGAUUAAUCAGUAUAGCAGGUUGCUGUUAAAAGCUUGGAAUGCUAAUAUUGAUAUCCAAUAUUGUGUAGAUGCUUAUGCAUGUUGUGUUUAUAUAGUAUCUUAUAUGUCCAAAAGCGAGCGGGAAAUUGGCCUUCUGCUUGCUAAUUCUCAAAGAGAAGCAGCUAAAGAUAAUGUUAGUGCUAAAGAGGCUUUGAAGACACUCGGAAAUGUUUAUCUUCAUAACCGAGAUGUUUGUGCACAGGAAGCUGUGUACAGACUAACCAACAUGCAUCUAAAAGAGUGUUCUAGAAAAGUAGUUUUUGUUCCCACUGGUGAUAAUGUAGUUAAAAUGAGUUUACCCAUUGCUGUUUUGAGACAAAAGGUAAUGUCACAGGAUCUCAGUACCGACGACAUGUGGAUGUGCGGCAUAGCUGACCGUUAUAAGAACAGACCUAAUGAUGAUACAUUUAAUGACAUGUGCCUUGCGACGUUUGCUUCAGAAUAUCGUGUUUUGAGUAAAAACGAGAAAUGUAAAAACCCCGUACAGUUGAGUAGUGAUUUCGGAUUUGUCGCAAAAAGAACUCGGACUAAGCCAGCCGUUGUUCGUUACGCCCGUUUUUCUGAAACCAGAGAGCCAGAGAAGUUUUACCAAAGCAUGUUGCAGUUGUUUCUGCCACAUCGCUUUGAUACUGAACUUAAGCCUUCAACCUGUGAAACAUUUGAGGAGUUUUACCAAACCGGUUUUAUUAGAUUUGUUGAUGGAACAAACCGUUCUGUAAAGUCUGUUGUAGAUUUGAAUCGGGGUAAAUAUGAAUUUGAGUCUGAUCAUUUGGAGGCUGUGGACAAUAUUGUUGGUGAUAUAAUGUUAGAGAAUGCUUGGUGUGAGUUGUGUCCAGAGUCGGAGGUUGAGCGUUUGGAAUGUGUGGAAAUAUUGAAAGAGAGCUCACAAACGGUAAACGAUGAUCCAGAAAUCAUCCCAGAUUUAGCUCCGUCAUCUAAGGACAUUGGACGAUUAGAGAAGAGAAACAUCAUGAGUAGAACUGAAGGCCUGGCAUUAAUUAGAUCUUUGAAUGAGAAACAGUUCUCUGUUUUUAAUCAGAUCCGGCAGUGGUGUAUAGAUAAAGUUAAUGGCGUUAAUCCUGAACCACUGCAUAUUUUUGUUACUGGCGGUGCGGGCACAGGGAAAAGUCACUUGAUUCGCGCGAUAGAGUAUGAAGUUAAAAGAUUACUCUCACCUACUUGUAAACAUCCCGACAACACGUGUGUGCUCUUAACAGCUCCCACAGGUAUAGCAGCAUAUAAUUUGGAGGCCACAACAAUCCACUCAACAUUUUCGAUAGGAAAGGAUGUACGCUUACCGUACACUCCUUUGGGUGAAGAGAAGCUCAAUUCUUUGCGUUCUCGAUUUUGCGAUCUCCAGCUUCUCAUUAUAGAUGAAAUAUCAAUGGUAGAUCACAACCUCUUAUCCUACAUCCAUGGUAGAUUGCGGCAGAUUAAACAAACAGGGAACUUUUCACCUUAUGGGAACAUCAGUGUUAUGGCUGUUGGAGAUUUUUUCCAGCUACCUCCUGUUAAAGGGAAACCACUCUAUUCUGAUGGUGUAGGUAGCAGCAUAUGGACUGAUCUAUUCAAGGUUGUUGAAUUAACAGAGAUAGUUAGACAAAAAGAUGCAGUGUUUUCCCAGCUGUUAAAUAGGAUUAGGACUCAUUCCAAAGGUCAACCGCUGUUACCUGAGGAUUUACAGAUUCUAAAAACUUGUGAAACAGGUGAGGUGAGCUCAGCCUUACACAUAUUUGCGACGAAUAAACAAGUAAAUGAGCACAAUAUUAUUCAGUUAUGUCAGACUUGCCCUGAUUAUAUAUCGUUUAAAGCCAAAGAUUAUGUUAAUGAUAAAAAAACUGGCAAACUGAAGUUGUUGGAAGGUAAUCAUGCUAGAGCUUCGAACACAAAUUUGGCUGAAGAGUUGUUGUUGGGUAAGGGUGCGCGUGUGAUGUUGUGCAAAAAUGUGGAUGUUGCCGAUGGUUUGGUAAACGGGGUCUGUGGUAUUGUGACGGAGAUUAUAAUGCAGGAAAAUGACACCUUUCCUAAAAAGGUUUAUGUUCAAUUUGAUGACCAUCAUGUAGGCUUGCAGAGGAGGAAAACCUCCCAGUCUCUGUCAUCAAAUUUAGCUGGUUCCACACCUAUUGAACCAGAAGAGGAAAAAGCCACUGUUAAAGGUGGAUUACGACGUCAAUUUCCUCUCAAACUGGCAUGGGCAUGUACUGUCCACAAAGUACAGGGCUUGACUGUUAACACAGCUGUGGUCAGUCUCAGUAAAAUAUUUGCGCCUGGCCAAGCGUAUGUUGCCCUUAGUCGUGUCACGACUCUUUCUGGCCUCACGAUUCAGAAGUUUGAUGCAAACAGAAUCUACUGUAAAGAUGACAUCACGGUUGCUGUCAGUAGGAUGGCGCCCCUUCUGAGUGGACAUACACAGUGGGACAGAUUUAACACAUCUGUCUUUACUUUCUUUUUAAUGAAUGUCCAAAGUUUGAAUAGACAUGUUAAAGACUUGGCUUUCUGCACACAGCAUUUGCAACCAAGUUGUAUUGCUGUAACAGAAACAUGGCUGACUACAGCCUGUUCAGAUACGGUAAAGAUUGAUGGGUACAGUUUUUACAACUGUCCACGACAUUUAUCGUAUACUAGUAAUCAAGCGGCAUUGGCGGCGUUGCAAGACCAACAACGUGGUGGUGUUGGCAUCUAUACUGCACAAGGAGUGGCCUUUGAACUUUUAAAGCUUCAAGACGUGAACUUGGAGUGUUUAACUUACAAAUUUGUCAGUUUAAACCUACUAAUGGCUGUAAUUUAUCGGCCCCCUUUGUAUCCUCUUUCUGUAUUCCAAGCAAAUUUAGUAAAGUUGCUUGAUUGGUUGGAGCCUCAAAGUGAGAACGUAUUGCUGAUGGGGGAUUUUAAUGAUGACAUUUUAAAGUCAUCUGAGGUGUUGAAAAUUGUGACUGACAGAGGCUAUGCCCAAAUAGUCACAGAUCCAACCACAGAAAGGGGCACUUUAAUAGAUCACGUUUACAUAAAAUCUAAGGUUUAUGAAAUGGAGGCAGUUGUUAUGCCAACAUAUUUUAGUGACCAUCAGGGAAUUUUUUGUGGAUUUAAACAGUUGUAGCUUUUUUCCUGAUCGGGUCAUCAUGUAUGUCGUAAAAUGGUUUUAGUACUUUGUGGUGAUAAUAGUGAUGUGUCAUUGGAAAUGGCUGUAGUGACUUUUAUAGGUAAACUGGGAAUCAUGUGUGGUGUUAAAUGGCUGUAGUGAUUUUUGUAGGUAAUCUGAGCAUCAUGUGUGGUGUUAAAUGGCUGUAGUGAUUUUUAUAGGUAAUCUGGGAAUCAUGUGUGGUGUUAAAUGGCUGUAGGGAUUUUUAUAGGUAAUCUUGGCAUCAUGUGUGGUGUUAAAUGGCUGUAGGGAUUUUUAUAGGUAAUCUGGGAAUCAUGUGUGGUGUUAAA